CAAUUAAAUACUAAAAUUGAUAAGAAUAAAAAAGCUUCUAAGUGCCCUAAAAGCCUAGUAUUGAUACAUUAUUCCAAAACUGGAAAACCCCUUAAGGCCUACAUUUUUGAGCCAAUUAGUAUGAUCCAAGGAAAGUCAAAAUUGAAAAAUUCACCCCCCAAAAAAAAUGUUAACAUUUGUCAUAUUUUUUUAAAAAAGAUACUAAUUUAAAAUCCGCAAAAAAUAAAAACUGUUAACAUGGGGCUCUGUAAAUGUUUCAUUAGAAGGCUUUUAACCCAUGAUCUCAUCUCUUCAAUGUUCUAGUCUAGAGGGUAUGGUUGUCAACCCUUUAAGGCCUUCUAUAAAAGAAGAUUUAAAUAAAGAAAUCUUCCAAUAUAUUGCAGAUAAAAACAAUAAAGAUGGGUGAACUGGUGAGGUUGGGUCUGGUCAUCCUAUAUUCUACAGCUUUUACAACUGCUUUUCAUCAACCCUGGGGGGCUAUUCAUUCUCAAGAUCAAGGACUUCCUGUCUUUGAGCCUGUUAAAUUAGUAAACCAUCAGGUAAACCAGAAAAUGGAGUCGAGGAUUGGAAGACAUUAUGAACCUUUGUCUGAUGAAUUGAAUCCAUAUCAGCAGCCCAGCACCUUCAUUGACCCAUUAACAAAAAGAGGGGGUUACCAAAAUAUUCCACACAUCCCUGGUUAUUCUGACUCCUUAUUCCAACCUGGAAUGCCAGAAAUCAACAAUAUGUUUCUCCAAGAUGAAGAUUACCAGGAGUUAGAAUAUCCCCUUCCCGGAGAUGUUCCAUAUCAACAACGCUUUGGAACUGCUAUUAAUCAAAAGCAUCCGGAAGAUGCCUUCCAGGGGCUAAACAUCCAAAAUGAUGAUGGAGUGGAUGAUUUCUUCGAUGGAUUUGGAAAAGAUCAAUUUUUCCAGGGAAUGAACUGGGAUUCUGAAUCAAAUGAAGACGAAGAAGAAGGAUUUUUGUUAAAUGAGCCUCCUAGCUUCACCUCUGAAUCCCCUGUGAAUGAGGUAAAAGAGGGAAAAACAACAGGACUUCUUCCAGGCCAGAGUUACAAUCCCAAGAAGUUUCAAACCCAACUAAGUCAAAAGCGAGAGUUAACUCAGGAACAGUACCAGAAGCUUCUAGCAAAACACAAUGCUAACUCCCAAUCACAACACACCUCUGUGGAAGCAAUGCAGCUUUCAGUACACGAGCCAGAAGCCAUUGCGCAGAUCCAAGCAUUGAACAAUGAGAUGCAUGAUAAGGCCAUAGUUCCACCCUUUAACAGUUACCAUGCUGAUGGGCUUUCAAACUUAGACAUGCAGAAAAUUAUUUCCCAUACUUUCCUGGGAGGAGGUGGAGACAAAGAGAAAUCUCACAGUCAUGUUUACACUCAUGAACAUUCACAUGCACAUACAAAUGAUCAUUCACAUGACCAUAAACAUGCUCAUGAUGCAAAUCAUAGCCAUGCUCAUGCUCAUUCCCAUAACCACCAUGCUCAUGCAAAUCACACACAUCAACAUGCUCAUGGACAUGAGCAUUCAUCAGAACAUAAACAUGCUCAUCUGCAUCAAGGAGAGCACAGUCAUAGUCACAGUCAUACCAAUGAACACAAACAUGGUCAUGAACAUGAACACAAAAGCGGGCACAAACAUCUUCACCAACAUCAAGCUGAGCAUGGACAUGCGCAUAAACAUGAAGGAGAGCACAAGCAUUCACACAUUCAUGAACACCACCACCACCACCAUCACAAGCAUGAACAUGCAUCUGAUCACAAACAUGGACAUGAACACCAGCAUGACCAUAAGGGAAUAUACUGAACAGUUCAUUGUUUUUUUUGUUGUUAAAGUUUUAUAAUCUUUCUAAAAUUAUGUAUUUUGUUUUUGUUAUCUUUAAUUUAUCUUAAUGAUCAUAAUAAACUAUAUUGCCUGCUUACUACCUUGA